UCAAUUCGUAGGAUUUUGUUUUUAUUUUUGUUUUGUACAUGUUGAUUAUAUUUCGACUUUUGGAUUCAUGUUAUUUUGUUCGCUUUGGUUUACUGGUUGAUACCCUUUCUGCUUUUCUUUCUUCCUUUCUUUUCCUCUCGGAUUUAUAAGAAAUUAGAAGGAUUUGAAUUUCUAAUCUUCGUAUCUUUUCAUCUGACUUUCAUUUUCUAUCGAAGUAGAAGAAUUCAGGAUCCGGAAAGUUAGCUAUGUAUUCGCAUGUGUCAAUAUCUGCUUUCUCGCUGCUGGCCAGCUUAAUCGCUUCGAUAGAUGCAUAUCCUACACAAUAUCUAGCACCCAGUUCAUCAGAAAGUAAGUUUAUAUAAAUUCCUAUCCUCCUACUUUGCUUCUCUCAAAAAACAAAACAAAACAAAACUAACACGCUCGCCUGUAGCCCUUUCAAUUUCCAAUCAACCACAAACUCCCCUCAACCUCUACACAACCACAUCUCUCCACCCCUCUCACGCCGGAAUCCUUAACUUCCAUCCACCUUCUUUCUCCUCCUCAUCCACUUCCUCAACCCUCCCAAUCCCCUUCACUCUAACCUCCACCUGUCCUCAACUCCAUCAAUCCUGGACAAGCCUAACCAGCAACCUCCUCUCCGAUCUCCACCUUCUCUACCCCAGCGGUCCCACUUCCUCCCCCUAUUACACAUUUUCCCCCGGCAGCUCUAGCGGGUCUUCAUCUUCCUCUACUGCUCCCCAAAAUCAAGAUCAAAAUCAAGAUACAUACACCAUCUCCACAACCACCACCCAACCCAGCACCCAAAAAUCAACAUCCUUCAAAACCACCCUCUACAUAUCCAUCACUCCCUCCACACAAGCAGGAGUUUCAGGUAUCACGAAAGAGGAAUGGAAGAUCUUUUUGAGAAUGUUAGGAUUAGUUAAUGUUGGGAUGAGCGAGGAGAUGAAAGGGAUGGGAUGGGGGAAAUUGGUGAUGAGGGGUGAGGUUCCUAGGGUGUGGGGUGGAAUGAUUUCGGAUUCUUUGGGAAGGAGGAGGAAGGGGGAAAUGGAGAUGGGGAAGAGGAGAUUGGGACCUUCGGAUGUUGUUUUUCCGCCUUCUUCUUCUUCGUACCCUAAAGACGAAGACGAAAAUGAAAAUGAAAACGAAAAAGAAAUCCAAAAUAAAAACAAAAACAACCCCCAAAAAAUUUCUUUCGCAUACAGCGCAACAUGGAUAUACUACGGUAUCACCAUCGACGAAACAGGAAAAGAGAUACUGAGGGAAUGUUCACAGAUACCAUUAAGUGCACAUAUGCCUACCGCUACUGAAAUCGAUUCUGAGGGAAAGAAUGGGGGGAACGGGAAUUAUAAGGAUAAGAUAGAGAAUGAGAUGGGAAGCGAGGAAGAGGAAGAUAGAUGGAAGAUUGAUUUAUAGAGCUGAGGAUAUUGUUUUUUUUUGGUUUUUUUUUUGGAGUUUUUGAGUUUUUAAACCUACCUAUCUCUGUCUGUAUGAGUGAAAAGAAGAGAGGGAGUUACGGACCUUACGGUUAUUUCGAAACUGGAGCUGGAGCUGAAGUUAGAGUUGGUUUUGAAUUUGAUAUCGAUAUCGAUAUCGAUAUUGAUCGCGGUAUCUGACUGAUUGAUGCUCGAGGUAUAAAUAUCUAAGAUGUAUUACAAAAAUAAUACAUGUCAUAUACACACACAUACACGCACAUAUAUAUACAU